UCAUAGCAAUGAUCAAUCAGCACCAUGGACAGGUCUAACACAGUCACUGCGCUUUGCAAUGAUCCGUCAGCACCAUGGACAGCCCCCACAGACGCUCUGCGCAUGACCCAGUCCAAGGCUAGCACCAGCACUGAAUGAUGAGGACUAUAAGUUAGAGGCAUGAACAACCCAUAUGGACUUUUGAACGGCGGAUAGACAAGCACGCACAUAAGUUCUGUUCCUACAUUGCACUAAGCCGCUGUGCUUGCCAGGUACUUAUUCUCCUGAUCACUGGCAAUGUUGGACUUUGUGCUUACUUAUGUAGAAAAUAAUUAAAGAAACCCUUAUAUGGUUGUAAUAAUUAAAUGUAGUAGCUUCAGUCUUGGUUGCGGUCCACGCCUGGGAAGGAAUACAGUUCACCUGGAAAGAAAGUGAGCAUUUUUUUUUUGUCUUUGUUGAUGUCGGAAUGGACUGGUUGCAAAUACGCACGGUGCUCACAGAUUCCGAACUGAGGUUUUGUGCCAUGGAAUGGGUGUCAGCUGUAACCUUACUUACUGCUCAGUAGCAGCCAACAUGCAAGAGGCAGAGCAAAGCGAUCUGCUGUGGAUAUUUCCACUCUUCUUUGAGGACAGGCAGUUGAACAGGACCAAUGACUCGCUGCAGGACUUCUUCAGGGGCUUUAACUUUGAGAAAUCGGACAUAGUAGGGGACAGCAACGCCAUAGUGAGGAUCAUGGUCUCCAUAGUGUAUUCGGUGGUGUGCGCUCUCGGGCUAGUAGGCAACGUGCUUGUGCUGUACCUCAUGAAGUCGAAACAGGGAUGGAAAAAGUCUUCAAUAAACCUCUUUGUGACAAGCCUGGCCAUCACAGACUUUCAGUUUGUACUGACACUGCCCUUCUGGGCAGUAGAGAAUGCCCUGGACUUCAGCUGGCUCUUUGGUAAAGCCAUGUGCAAGAUAGUCUCUUACGUGACAGCUAUGAACAUGUACGCUAGCGUUUUUUUCCUCACAGCCAUGAGUGUGGCCAGGUAUUACUCUGUGGCUUCUGCGCUGAAGUCCAAGAGGAGACCUGCGGGGUGCUCUGCCACCUGGAUAAGUGCACUCAUCUGGGUGUCCGCUAUUAUUGCGUCUCUGCCUAACGCAAUCUUCUCCACAACAGCCACUGUCUCCAGUGAGGUCCUCUGCUUGGUUAAGUUCCCAGUGAAGAAUGGAAAUGCCCAGUUUUGGCUGGGACUCUACCAUGCUCAGAAAGUUCUCUUGGGUUUUGUCAUCCCUCUAGUGAUUAUCACAAUUUGUUACCUACUCCUUGUGCGUUUCAUCACGGACAGGAACGUCAGCUCCUCCAGCGUCAAAAGGAGAUCCAAAGUGACCAAGUCGGUGACUAUCGUGGUGUUGUCGUUCUUCAUCUGCUGGCUGCCCAACCAAGCCUUAACCACCUGGGGGAUUUUAAUCAAAUUAAAUGCAGUGCAGUUUGGCUAUGAGUACUUCACCACUCAGGCUUACAUUUUCCCCAUUACGGUUUGCCUGGCGCACUCAAACAGCUGUUUGAACCCCAUUCUCUACUGCCUGAUGCGCAGGGAGUUCCGCAAGGCACUGAAGAACCUCUUCUGGAGGAUGACCUCCCCAUCUCUGACCAACAUGCGCCCCUUCACCGCCACUACCAAGCCGGAGCAAGAUGAGCAGGCUCAUGGUAUGGUACCCCUCAAUCCAAUUGAGCCCGAUGUCAUCUGCUAUCCUCCCGGUGCUGUCAUAUACAAUGGCAGAUACGAUUUGCUCCCCAGUAGCUCCAAUGAACGGCGUUAUUAACUCUGCGUAAAGUACUAUUGCAUUAAAUAAAGCGCACUGCCAAGAAGACGUUAGGGCUGAGAUUUUAAAAUCUUAUAUUUAAUGAGUGCCAUACACACACACACACACACACACACACACACACACACACACACACACACACACACACACACACACACACACACACACACACACACACAUGAAAUAAUUUAUGUUAGAAUUUAUAUGACACCAGUUAAUUUGAAUCAAUAAAAUAGCCAAACACAAGUUUAUUAAUAAAUGCAUACAGUAUGUGACAUUUUUAUAAGGUGCAUAUUAUGUAUUUACAACUUUUAAGGAGCCUUUUAUUUUUUUAAAGGAUCCUAGAUUAUUUUUAAAUAACCUGAAAUUAGCAAUUAUUACCUGGGAACAUACGUUUUCAAUGAUAUAUUUUAUAUAUACAAUCACAGUCAUUAUGGGUCAUGGAAAUGCACAGAUAUAUUUGUGCUUUGAUAACUUUAUGCAUCGUGCUUUUAAAUAUUUAAUUCAUGCAUAAGUGCCAUUGAAAAACUCUUUCUUACAGCAUCUGUAUGAGAGGGACAGACGAUGCCUAAUAAACAAGUGUGUAUUGUUGAUAUGUUACAGUGUAGACCCCUCAAGAAAUAUAUAUACAAUACCAAUCAUAUACUGUGGAAGGAUAUACUAGUGAGCAACUCCUAGGGUACUCGGUGUGUCUGGACAAUGGCAUUAGUGGAAAUUAUCUUAGAGCUGCAGUUGAACAGUGCAAAUAGGCACUCAAUGAGCCAUAUGCUCCCCCUAUCCCCCCACACAAAGGUUUUAUGAUCCUAACAGCCAUAUAAUAACCACUUAAAGGUGCAGGAUGCUGUACAUUGUUGUGGAUCGACAUGCAACAGUCGUUUUCUAGAAACACCUGACAUUUUCUAGUGAUUUCAUUUUUGAAAAAUAAAGAAACAAUAUUUUGUUAAGCCAAAUGUAAAUCUUUUAAUACACUCUUUUUUUCUUCAUAAAAAAAAAAAUACUCUCUUGGGAUUACAGUUUAUCUAAUGUACUUUUACAGCCUGUUUUCAUGCCACAAUCGCUGAAGAGUUGCUGGGAUUGUUUCAAAUGAUAUUAGAGUUAAGUGCAUUUAGAAAAUCACCAGGAGUGCUACUGUUAUCUGGAUACUAUCUCCUCCUCUAGUGUAUGUUCCCAAGGUAAUGGGGCUUAUGUUAUUCCCGAUGUUGGCUACAUUAUUUGGCUGUGUAUUUGUCACUUAUUGUCACCAAGAGAACCCAGCUAAGAUCAGGAUGUACACAUCUGGAACAUGUACUGUACUAUGAGAAAUGAAUGUCUUUCUAUGUUUCUGAGCAUUAUUUUAUUAAAAGUGCAUAUUUAUCAAAA